GUUGAACAUCUAUUUAAGACAGUCAGAACUUGCAUGGUUUAUCUCUUCUUUUUUUUUUUCUUUUUUAACAAAAUGGUACAAAAAGGACCUAGAACGGUUGUUAACCCCAACACAACUUUGAACAAAACCAGCAAGGAAAAGAGAAGUUUAGAAUUGAUUCAAUUGGAAACGCGCUACAAGUCUUCCUAUCGCCUUAUCGAAGAAAACCAAAAGAAUUCUAUUAUUCGACUUGCUAUUAAACCUUCUGACCCUGACUUUCCUUAUGAACUUGAUGCUCUUCAACUUCAAUUGACUAUACCAAAAGACUAUCCUGAACAACCUUGUUCUGUCCAAGUAUUGAACUCGGAUAUUCCUAAAGGAUUUGCAUUUAACCUCGAAAAGGGUUAUGCAACACACGUAGAUCCUUCUCGAUCUGCAGCACAUCAAACACUUGUUCGUCAAAUGAAUUGGCUUGAUCGCAACAUGGAAAAUCUGCUACAACAAGCUCCCGCAGCAACGGUUCGUUUUGUAUCAAAUCAUCGUCAAACAAAGGAGGAGAUGGGUCAUGUAGCCGCAGCAGUAGACAUUCAUUCAGCGCCGCAGUACAACACAACUACUGCGCCUAUCAGCUCCAGUAACCAAUCCUCGUCCUCUAAACCGCCUGUUACAUUAAAUCCACAUCACAUCAACAAGACCAUAACCCCUCAACCGGCCACGACUAUUCCAAAAACAGAAAACAAACGUAUUGAACCUAAAGAAGCACAGAAGCAACCUAUAUUUACACCUGCUGAACUCUUAGCAGCUGAAAAUAGACGCAAGCAAGAGCUUCAUACACUUCAGACACGCUUUUGUGAUAGUUUCAGAUCUUCCAACAAGGAAACAAUGAUUACACUUACCAUGAUCAUCAAUGACACUGAUUUUACGCAUGAACAGAUGAUUGGAGGAAAAGAGCUUUUUAUCAAAUACCAUAUACCUACUCUUUAUCCUUUAGAACCUUGUACAAUUGAAAUUGAAAACAAAAAGCUAGACAAGACUCGAUCCAACUGGAUUGUUUUGGGUUUUAAUGAACAUGUAGCUAAUGGUGAUUAUUCUUUAUUUGAAAAUCUGAAUUGGUUGAAUCGUCAUUUGGAACUUCUAUUGAGUUCUCCUCCUGCACAAAAGACAGAAGAACAGUUAGAGACAGAUAAGAUGGCAAGAAUACAGCAAAAAGAUUUGAUUCCUCCUGUCAAGACCACUCAGUUAUCCGCUACUGCAGCUGAAUUCAAACCUCAGCAACCUGCCAAAAAAUCCUUGUUUGAUGAACAAGACAUUGUCAAGAAAAACAAAGUGAUCAUUGUGAAUGAUCCUAGUUUGGUUGUAGACGAACAAGCAGAUGAAGAGGAAGUCGAAGUAGAAUUAGCAGAAGGUUUUGAGCAGGAAGCAUUAGUACACACAAAUGAAAACGAGUCAGCUGUUGUUAAUCUGGCAAAACCCAAUGUGCGCAAAGGAACUGAAAUUCGGUUGAUUGAUCCUCCAUUGGAAAACAUUUCCUUGUUUCGAUGCACUUUGUUACAUGUCUUAGUCAAAUGUGCUCGCUGCAAAGAUACGGUGGAUAUUGAGAACAUCAAGCCAGAACAAGAACAAACAGAGUCUAAAAAGACAGAACGAUGGACGACUUGUCCUACUUGUACUUCUAUCUUGGGUGUCAAAUUUUUAGGAGAAUUUGUUCAUCAAGGCGCAUUGUCUAUUGGUCUAUUACAACUUGCUGGCUGUUCUGCUUAUGAUCUCUUGCCUUCAGCUUACAUUGGUACCUGUGGAUCUUGUAUGGUAGAUAUGACAUCUACUGUUCGUUUAUCGCCGCAUGAUGCACCACGUACACUCAAUUGCUUCUCUUGUCAUGCUAAAAUGACGUGUGGAUUAGGUGACUACAAAUUCGUCAAAAUUGGAAGCGAAGGUGGUGAGCGCCUUAAGGCUACUGAACAACAAGUCAUGAAGCUCAAGAAAAAGAAAUCAAAAGACAGCCCAUUGACAAUUGGUGAGCCUUUGCCAGAUCAAGGCACUUGUUCUCAUUAUCGCAAGUCAAAGCGUUGGUUUCGAUUCACUUGUUGCAAUAAGCUAUAUCCUUGCGAUCAUUGUCAUGACCAACAACAAGAUCAUCCUAUGGAAAUGGCCAAAAGAAUGGUAUGUGGCUUAUGCUCAAGAGAACAAACUAUUCAAAGCGGAAGGCCUUGUGUCUGUGGUAAUGAAUUUGAAAAGGCUCCAUUGAAGGGUGCCUUUUGGGAAGGUGGAAAAGGUGUAAGAGACAAAAAGACAAUGAGUCGAAAGGACCCUCAUAAGCAUAAAGGCAUAGGCAAAACAUCUUCUAAAAAGCAAGAAAGAGUAGGUGUUGCUGGUAAAGAAAAGAAUCAGCAUGAGGAUUGAUGAGAAAGAUAUAUGUGUGUGUAUACCCCAUAACUAAAAAGAAUUUUUUUGAAUCAGAAAGACAUUGCAAAAAUUCAAUUAGACAAUAUUUCAAUAAAGCCAAAUUACUCUCAUUCCCC